GGCGUGCGAUGCCUACGAGGCGAGGAUUGAAAUCCGCCCAGAUCUGGCAUGGGGGCGCGAUUCUCCCGACUGGGUGAGAAGCAAAAGAAUCUUUUGAUGAGCAACGAUGGACGCUGAGGGGGUGGAUGUAGAUCGGGGCAAAAGCAGUCUCAGCGUGUGAGUGUGUGUUGCCACAGCGAGUGUUCCAUUCUUCCACUGCAUGACUAUUCCUGACCAAGAGAGUCCCUGCGAAGCGGCCGGCCCACUCUGCUCCUCCCUCCUUUGCUGACAGUACAUUCGCAAUACCCUCCAACACCAGCUUGCACAAUCCUCGGGCCUUGAGGUCCCCGCAUUUAUGCCGCUGUCUGGUUGCCUUUAGUCCUCAAGUCCCCGUCCUUGACAGUCCCGAUUCUUGGAAGAGCUGGCUGCCUGGCUGGUGGGUGACGAGCUUUGUUGGAUACAAUGGGGGAUGCGGAGAUGCAGGGGGCGCCUGUCGGGGAGUCGGCCGUGUUCGACAGAUCCAAGGUGAUGAUGCUGCUCGGAUCGCUCGUCGUGGCUGCCAUUGUGGGUCACUUCGUUCUCGCGUGGAAUCGGAAGCGACGCAACCUGCCCCCUGUGGUGGACUCUGCUGUUCCGUUUGUUGGGGGUUUGCUGAAGUUCAUCAAGGGGCCUGUUCCUCUGCUCAAGGAGGAGUAUGGGCGCCUCGGCCAGGUCUUCACUCUUCAGAUGCUCACUAGAAACGUCACGUUUCUGAUCGGGCCUGAGGUUUCGGCACAUUUCUUUAAGGCUCAGGAAGCGGAUUUGAGCCAGCGAGAGGUGUAUCAGUUCAAUGUGCCCACAUUCGGACCAGGCGUGGUCUUCGAUGUCGAUUACUCAAUCCGCAUGGAGCAGUUUCGUUUCUUCACAGAAGCCCUCACUGUCAAGCGAUUAAGGAGCUACGUGGAAAUGAUGGUUGAAGAAGCUCAUUUGUUUUUCUCGAAGUGGGGAGAAGAAGGAGAAGUAGACUUGAAAGUAGAAUUGGAGCAGCUGAUCGUCAACACUGCCAGCCGUUGCCUACUCGGUCCGGAGAUUCGCAACAGCCACCUUGAGAAAGUCACUUCGUUGUUCCAUGACCUCGACAAUGGGAUGCUGCCCGUCAGUGUCUUGUUUCCAUACCUUCCAAUCCCUGCUCACAAGCGCCGCGAUAGGGCUCGUAAGGAACUCGCUGAGAUCUUCUCCAAGGUCAUUAAGGCACGAAAAGCUUCUGGAAAGAAAGAACCAGAUAUGUUGCAGGCUUUUAUGGACUCGACGUACCGAUCACUAAAACGGGGCACCACUGAAGAGGAAUGUACAGGUUUGCUGAUUGCGGCUCUCUUUGCUGGACAGCACACCAGCUCCAUCACCUCCACCUGGACCGGGGCGUACUUGAUGAAGUAUAAACAGUUCAUGCCUGCAGUUAUUGAAGAACAGAAGGAGAUUAUGCGACGCCAUGGUGACCACUUGGACUAUGAUGUGCUCAAUGAAAUGAGCUGUCUCCACCGAGCAAUGAAAGAGGCUCUUCGUCUACACCCUCCUCUAAUUCUUCUUCUCCGACAGAAUCACACUGAUUUCUCUGUCACAACUAGGGAGGGGAAAUCUUACACUAUUCCUAAAGGGCAUAUUGUAGGAACAUCUCCAGCGUUUGCCAAUCGUUUGCCCUACGUUUACAAGGACCCAGACACUUUCAACCCGGAUAGGUUUGCACCUGGAAACGAGGAAGACGUCAAAGCUGGUCAAUUUUCGUACAUCGCUUUUGGUGGGGGUCGUCACGGAUGUCUUGGGGAAACGUUUGCUUACAUGCAGGUUAAAACUGUGUGGAGUUACCUGCUUCAACAUUUUGAGUUAGAGCUGACAGGUCCCAAGUUCCCUGAAGUUGACUGGAAUGCUAUGGUGGUGGGCAUCAAAGGAGAAGUCAUGGUGCGGUACAAACGUCGUCAACUGACAUGUGAUUGAGCUCUGGAGUUGUUUCGACAAUGUCGGCUUCAAUUGAUUUGUAGGGGAUAGUUGCCUUUUAACUCCAAUUCACUUUAAUGGCUUUGGUUCAGGCAUCGUAAUUCACUCCGUUGCUUAACGAUGUAACGUGAUUUAAAGCCCUUACAGCUAAACAAUAGAUUCAACAAUAGUGCGAAAUGACAGUGUAGAGAAGGAAUCUAGACCAGACAGGAGGUUCCUCUCUGGAGAAAACCAUUUAUUUCAUUCCGCAGUGGGUCUUGUUCCCUUCCUUGGAUCCCAGCAUGUCAAGUCCCGAAGAUCUGUUUCGAUGGCAGCGAUGAGCCAAAUUAGUUCUAAUUGUGAAUUAUGCAGAUGGACUUGCAAAAGAUUCCUAUAAAGGAUUGUCAUUACCCUCCCAAUGCCUUAA